AUGGACCUCGGCCAUGAUCAUCCAAUCUGGCAGAGCGGCUGCCAUGAACCACUCCAGCUUCACACCCCGCUACAACAGUCUUUCAAGUCUCCAACUCUGGACUCUCCUUCCUUUUCAUCGACCGCCUUCGAUGCCGCAACGCCGAAGCCGGGAUAUCCGGGAGCAUUAUCCCUGCACCACUACCGGAGGUUUCUUUCGCAGGAUGACGGCUUCAUCGCCCUUCAUCGCAACGGAGGGAAGACCCUACGGCGUAAAAAUGCAGCCUUGGAUCUGAACAAAAGCCAAACGAGCUUAACACCUCCAUUGUGUUCGUUUUCCGUCUCGUCUGCGGCGUCGAGCCCGCCUCCGCUGUCUCCAUCAUAUACGCCCAGUCCCGUCUCAUACCGAGGUGAGAAUGGGCCUGGGCUUGAUGAAUCACUCCUUUCCUUUCCAUCCAGUUUCUUAGAUAUCAACCCUUCAGAGCAACCGCUCCGUCUGAGUCCCCUGCAUAGUCCGCAUCAAUUGCUGGAAACUUUCCGAGCUAGGCUCGCCCGGUUCCCGGAGACACAGGAGCAAACAUUCACUCCCGGACAUACCAAAGCCCGCUCAGACUCAAUGCUGCUGGAGCUGCGACGCCCAACCGCCACAAUCGAGCAUCAGGGGACCUCUUUCGAAAUCCUUAAUCCGCAUGAAUCGUUAAGAUUCGCCCGCAUAGUGUCAUAUAUUGAAGACGUGGAUAAUUCAUCCAUUACAGACGACCAGCGAGACUCGUUCAACGCGACUCGGCCUCAGAGCGAGACCUUGAUCUUGGAGCAAGAUAAAAUCGUUGAGGCGCGCCAUGAUCACAACCAUUACAUCUCCGAUGCCGACGAAGAAAGAGCCCACUACGAACUCAUCGGCGACAUGCCGUAUCAGCCGAUGCCGUCCAUCUCAGAACGAUUAGUGGGGAACGAAACGGAUAUCCCGCAAUCUCACAAGUGGAGCUCGCCUCCCCAGUCGAGGCCGAUGACAGCGCAAUCGUACGGAAGUGAGCUCGGGGAACCUGGGUAUUCGGUUCUAGCCUCUUACGACGGGGCAGGAUGGACCAGCACCACGGACGAUGUUCUCGCGAUGAAGUAUGACGAGAUGCAGCGGAGCGAGUCGACCAGAAGGUGUUCGGCAGACCAGAAGAAGCUCGACAUCCUCAGCUCGAGCCCAACACUAUACUGGCCCAAAAACAUGGAAAACCACCCCACGGCCCUCUCCAUCAUCGAGGCGGAAAACCUCACCCACGCCCUCCCGGACAAAGUCAUCUUCAUCACAGGCUGCUCCUCCGGCCUCGGCGCCGCGACCGCCCGCGCCUUAUCCAACACAAACGCGACGCUCUUCCUCGCCGUCCGUGACACCCCCAAAGCCCGACACGUGCUGGCCGACCUUCUCGCCUCUGCGUCUGACUCUGACUCUGGUUCUCGCCUUGCCUCUGAUGCAGACGGCAAAUGUUCGACCUCAACCUCAACCUCAACCUCGCAAAGCGAAAUCCGCCUCCUUCACAUGGACCUAGCCAGUCUCUCCAGCAUCCGACACGCCGUGACCUCCUUCCUCUCACAAAGCGACAAACUCAACAUCCUCAUCAACAACGGCGGCGUAAUGGCCACACCAGAAAGCCGCACAGAGGACGGCUUCGAGACCCAGUUCGGAACGAACCACCUCGGCCAUUUCCUGCUGUUUCAGCUCCUAAAGCCUCUUCUUUUGCGGUCUGCAACACCACAGUUCCACUCGCGGGUAGUGAGCGUGACGUCGUCGGCACACCGGAAGAGCGGGAUCCGGUUCGGCGACUUGCAUUUCGAGACAGAGAAAUAUGACGGGGCGCUGGCGUAUGCGCAGAGCAAGACGGCCAAUAUCUAUAUGAUGAAUGAGAUUGAGAGGCGGUUUGGGGGGCAAGGGCUGCAUGGGCUUAGUGUGCACCCGGGGCUGAUACUCACGGGGUUGCAGAAGUUUGUGGAUGAUGCGCUGAUGGAGGAGUGGCGGAAGCCUGGGAUGAGACCGUAUCUGAAGACAGAGGAACAGGGGGCUGCGACGGUGGUGGUGGCUGCUGUGGGGAGGGAGUGGGAGGGAAAAGGCGGGAAGUAUCUGGAGGAUUGUAGGGAGUCGGGGCCGGCGAAGACUGGGUUUCGGACUGUUGAUCCUGGGUAUGCGAUGCAUAUUUGGGAUCAGGAGAGCGCGGGGAGAUUGUGGGAGGUGUCACGACGGUUGGUCGGGUUGCGGCAGGACUAG